GAUAAGUCAAAUUGCGUGAGAAGAGAAGAAAAUAGGAGAGAGAGGAGGUUGGGGGGGUAGGUUCAUCGGUAACAAAAAAGCGUUUUCCCCCGAGCGAGCGAGCGUGCAUUCAUUCAACCCAUUUUGCAUUUUUGUCAAAUAAGACUCGAGACACCAUUUUUUGAACAAGAGAGAAGAAGCACAUUGUUUGGGAUUUAGGACAUAGAGAUAGAUAGAUGUUGAGGGUGUGGAAAUGGUACCAAAAUUGCUUGGCAGUACAUCCCGUAAAGACACAGGUCAUCAGCUCCGGUUUGAUUUGGGGUUUUGGCGACGUUUCUGCUCAAGCCGUUACUCACUACACUGCCAAGAAACACCGUCAUCAUCAUCAUCAUCUUACCACUGAUGAAGAUAAAGAAUUUGCAGUCAACUGGAGACGAGUUGCCACAACGAGCUUGUUUGGCUUUGCAUUUGUUGGACCCCUUGGCCACUUCUGGUAUGAAGGGUUGGAUCGCUUCAUAAGGCUGCGACUUCAAAUGCAACCUAAAUCCCUGCGGUUUGUUGCUACAAAAGUAGCAGUUGAUGGUGUAAUCUUUGGGCCCCUGGAUUUACUCGUCUUUUUCACGUAUAUGGGCUACUCCACUGGAAAAGAUACUGCUCAAGUUGUGGAAGGUGUGAAGAGAGACUUUCUUCCGGCCUUAAUACUAGAGGGAGGUAUAUGGCCUAUUGUCCAGGUGGCCAACUUCCGCUAUAUACCAGUUAGGUAUCAGCUCCUUUAUGUCAAUUUCUUCUGCUUGCUGGAUAGCUCCUUCCUUUCAUGGAUUGAGCAGCAGGAAGAUGCUGCAUGGAAGCAAUGGUUGAAAAGCAUUGUGCGCUUAAAGGAACAAAAGGAGCAAGGUUGAUGAUUCCUUAUUUUAUUAGGGAUAUGCAUUGGUUUUGAGAAUCCCUUUUCUCUUUGAUAUUCCGGCAUAGUGAUAUUAGGUAUAGAGACAUGUUAAAGACAUGCAAAAGUAUUUACAGGAAUCUUGAAGAGUGUCAACUGGGAAAGUGGUAGUUGGAUUCAGUAAAAGUGAUAGCACUUUGUCAAGCUACACUAUUAUCGAGUGAAGCUUAACAUAGCUAUUAUGGACCGAUCUUCAUCCAGUAUUUGAAUAAGCUUGUGGGAAUUUUGAUGCUGUCAAAGUUCAGUUGCUAUUGGUUUGUCCUGUAUUAUGAGCUAUGACAAGGCUAUACAUUUUGAUUGAUACUGUUUUUCUUAGUAUCCCAAUUCCCCUUGGCUCCUGCUUCAUAUUUGACAUUAGGGGUUAAUUUUGAGAAGACAAUUGAAGUGUGAUGAAAUAUUUCCUUUUUGUUGAGAAAUCGAAUUUGAUUGCUCUCAAGCACUGAAA